AUGGCAGCUCCAGAAGGAUCACAAUUUGAUACUCGUCAGUAUGAUUCCAAAAUGACUGAGCUACUUGCAACUGAUGGGCAGGAAUUCUUUACAUCAUAUGAUGAAGUUUAUGAUAGUUUUGAUUCUAUGGGUCUGCAAGAGAAUCUUCUGAGGGGCAUUUAUGCUUACGGUUUUGAAAAACCCUCAGCUAUUCAGCAAAGGGGAAUUGUUCCAUUCUGCAAGGGUCUUGAUGUUAUUCAACAGGCUCAGUCUGGAACUGGGAAGACAGCGACUUUCUGUUCUGGUAUUCUUCAACAGCUUGAUUAUGGGUUGACAGAAUGCCAGGCCUUGGUUCUUGCCCCAACUCGAGAGCUUGCUCAACAGAUUGAGAAGGUCAUGAGGGCUCUGGGAGACUAUCUGGGUGUGAGGGUCCAUGCUUGUGUUGGUGGAACCAGUGUUCGUGAAGACCAGCGCAUUCUGUCAAAUGGGGUUCAUGUUGUUGUGGGCACUCCUGGUCGUGUUUUUGACAUGCUAAGGAGACUGUCGCUUCGUCCUGAUAACAUCAAAAUGUUCGUUUUGGAUGAGGCUGAUGAGAUGCUUUCCCGAGGUUUCAAGGAUCAGAUCUAUGAUAUAUUUCAGCUUCUGCCAUCAAAGAUUCAGGUUGGGGUGUUCUCUGCCACAAUGCCACCUGAGGCCCUUGAGAUCACAAGGAAGUUCAUGAACAAACCUGUGAGGAUUCUUGUGAAGCGUGAUGAACUCACCCUGGAGGGUAUAAAGCAAUUUUAUGUCAAUGUUGACAAGGAGGAAUGGAAGCUUGAGACUCUUUGUGAUCUUUAUGAAACUUUGGCCAUUACCCAGAGUGUCAUUUUUGUCAAUACUCGACGCAAGGUUGAUUGGUUGACUGACAAAAUGCGGAGCCGAGACCAUACAGUUUCUGCCACCCAUGGAGACAUGGACCAGAACACCAGAGACAUCAUCAUGCGGGAGUUCCGUUCUGGGUCAUCUCGUGUCUUGAUCACCACUGAUCUUCUGGCUCGUGGUAUUGACGUUCAGCAAGUCUCCCUUGUUAUAAACUAUGACCUGCCUACCCAGCCAGAGAACUACCUCCACAGAAUUGGGCGUAGUGGACGAUUUGGCAGGAAGGGUGUUGCCAUCAACUUUGUAACAAAGGAUGAUGAGAGGAUGCUGUUUGACAUCCAGAAGUUCUAUAACGUGCUUGUGGAGGAGCUCCCAUCGAAUGUUGCUGAUCUCCUCUGA